AUGGGAAGUUCAGAAAGCUAUACAUACCCUCCUAUACCAUCACAAGAGGAAUUGGAUGAACAUAAUGUGCCUUUUUUCAACAGAGACAAAUGUGCUGCUCAUUUGAUCAAUUACUAUAAGUGUCUCGAUAAAGGAACCUCAUUCUGCAACACUACAAAAGAUGAGUUUUACAAGUGUCAGUACUUGGCAUUGAAGGAGAGAUUGGACAAUUACACUAAAGCGCAACAAAAACACUAG